CACACAGGAGUGAAACCCUUCAAGUGCAGUGUGUGGGAGAGGGAAUUUGCACAGUCAUCAGUUCUUAGCAGCCACCAGAGAACAUACACAGGAGCUAAACCUUUCAAGUGCACUGUGUGUGGGAGCGCAUUUGCACGGCCAUCGUUUCUUCACGACCACCAGAGAACACACACGGGAGAGAAACCCUUCAAGUGCAGUGUGUGUGAGAAGGCAUUUGCAAAGUCAGCAGUUCUUCAGAGACACCAGAGAUCACAAACAGAAGAGAAACCCUUCAGGUGCACUAUGUGUGACAAGGUGUUUACACGGUCAUAUGAUCUUAAAAAACUCCAGAGAACGCACACAGGAGAGAACCCCUUCAAGUGCAGUGUGUGUGAGAAGGCAUUUGCACAGUCAUCACAUCUUAAAACACACCAGAGAACACACACGGGAGAGAACCCCUUCAAGUCCACUGUCUGUGAGAAGGAAUUUGCCAAGCCAUCAGUUCUUCAGAGCCACCAGAGAACACACACAGCAGAGAAACCAUUCAAGUGCACUGUGUGUGAGAAGGCAUUUGCACAGUCAUCAAUUCUUCGCAACCACCAGAGAAGGCACACAGGAGAGAAACCCUUCAAGUGCACUGUGUGUGAGAAGGCAUUUGCAGAGUCAUCAUAUCUUAAAAAACACCAGAGAACGCACACAGGAGAGAACCACUUCAAGUGCACUGUCUGUGAGAAAGCAUUUGCACAGUCAUCAGGUCUUCAGAUCCACCAGAGAACACACACUGGAGAGAAACCCUUCAAGUGCAUUGUGUGUGAGAAGGCAUUUGCACAGUCAUCGAUUCUUCGCAACCACCAGAGAAGGCAUACAGGAGAGAAACCUUUCAAGUGCACUGUGUGUGGAAGCGCAUUUGCACGGUCAUCAAUUCUUCAUGACCACCAGAGAACACACACAGGAGAGAAACCCUUCAAAUGCACUGUGUGUGGAAGCGCAUUUACACGGUCAUCAACUCUUCACGACCACCAGAGAACGCACACAGGAGAGAAACCCUUCAAGUGCACUCUGUGCGCGAAGGCGUUUGCACAGUCAUCACAGUUUAAUAGACACCAGAGGACACACAGGUAUCAGAAGAUCCCCAAGGAGCGGAGUCUGAAAUCGGCUUGUGAAAGUCCAAGUGCUGCAAUGAGCCCAUCCCUGCUGAAAAAAGAACCAGAAUUUAAUUGCAGCUUGGACGCAAUGAAAUGUAUCAAGGUGGCUUUUGAAGAGGCGAAGUUGAAAUGUGAAGAAGUGAUGGUGAAGAGCAAAGAAGUGAAGGUGAAAUGUGAAGAAGUCAUGGUAAAAUGUGAAGAUGAAGAUUCAAUUCCAAAAUUGGGCCUUCACAUCGAUGGAGGCAACGUG